CGGGGCGGUGGGACCGGGGCGAGGCGGCGCAUCCCCGGGAUGGAAGGGCCUGGAGCUUCGAUGCCGCCGGGCCUGGGCAGCCCGUGUGAAUGGUGGUCGGCUUCGGUCCUGAGAGUUGGGACCAUACUUCUCCGCGCGAAGGGAAACUCUGGCGGCUCCGCCUGUAACGCGAUUGGGAGACAGAGGAGGUGGAGCUGCUCCUCCGCGCCCCCUCCUCGCCAACGCCGCCGCCGCCGCAGCCGCCUCAGCCCGGGACCGGCCGGCCUCUUCCCCGCCCUCCCAGGACCACUGGUGGGGUCCUUGCUCUGGUCGGGGAGGAGGGAGGAGGGUCGGGGAAAAGUCGACGGGGAGGUCGAGGCUUCCCCUACGUAGUAACAGCCCUUCCAGGCUGCGCUCGGCGCAACUGACAAAAGGCAGCCUGUGAUCCCCCUGCCACGCACCCCCAGAGGGGAAGCCCCAGCCCCCCAUCCGCCGUAUAUAUACUGACGGUGGGUGACUGAUGAGCACUCCUUGAGUCCUCACCGGUAAAUGGUGGACCCUCACCCCCACCCCCACCCCACCUCGACACAAACAACAGGGUAAGCACUGUGCACUCUUGCGCUGUCAAUUAGUAACUUCUCUUGGGUGGACCCUGGGAGCAGAGCGAGGGCAGAAAGGAAAGGCCGGUUUCCCACUCUAAUCCCCGCGACUCGGUAAAUGAGGGCUGGGAUAUGAACCCUCUCCCAGUUUGAAGGGCAGAGUUUAUAAGCCCUCUUGAUUGGUGAGGACAGCCCCAGGAGGGCGGGGAGAGGUGCUUGCUCUUUGCAGACAGAAGUUAGGCAGCCUUGGGCCCUGCUGAAGCGGUCCAGAGAAAGGUGGGCCCAGAAGAGCUAGGCUUUGGCUGUGACUCUGGCUGGGGUUUGAGAUCUGGGGAAUGGGCAAGAGAUCCUAGCUGUGUAAGUUGGGGACCUGAGGCCCAGCUCCAAACCAGCCUUUUCAGCCUGCUCUGGCCUCGUCAUUAAUAAAAGUGGGGCUGACCCUGUGUCAUCCUUCAAGAAGCCAGGUGGCUUGGAGAGGAUUGUGGGUUCCAUAUCUCCCCUGUUGACUGGGUUUUCUUGGCUGUGAAAUGAGGGUUCUUUCAACAUGUAAGGAGCACCUGCUCUGUGCUAACGUUUGUCCUGGUUACUGGAGCCUCUGAAUCAAAAGUCACAUUCCCUGCCUUUAAGGAGUUUCAAGAGUGGGAGUGUGGAACAAGGAGAAGAGUGGCCUUGGUUGGUGCCUCUAAUGCCAGGCACACACCAUAUCACGUUUAAUGGUCAGAGCAGUCCCGCCUCCCAUUCUCCAGAUAGGAAACCUGAAGCUUAGAGAGCCCAAGGCAGAGCUGCAAUAUACACGAGGGUGGUGGCUGGGGAUGUCCACUGGCCAUGUGUAGUGGGCCCCUCAGGAGCAUGGGGGGACAGGGAAGGCUUCCCUGGGAGGUGAUGGUUGGGCACCAGAGUUAAUGGGAUAGAGAGGGGGUGGGCACGGAGGAGUGUGAAACAGCCUGCAGUUCAGGCUGGCAGGAACGAAGAGCAUGUGCGGGGGAGCACUGGCAUGGAUCUCACAGGAGAGCAUGUGGACUGGAGGGCUUGACCUUUAUACUCCAGCCCCUGGGGUGCCCCAAAGACUCUGGAAGGAGGGAUGUACUCCGAUACAUCGCUUGAAGUUCCCCUGAGGUGGGAGGGGGUAAGCUGGAGGGGCUGGGAGCUGCUCUGUGGCCGGUGGCAGAGGUUAAGUGAAAUAUGUGCCCUUCUUCUUUUUGUCCUCCUCCUGCCCAUGGUAUGUGGGGAAGGGCGAGGGUUGCUCGGCCCUGUGGCAGUGACUGAAGAAGCCUGACACUUUUCCCAGCAUGAGUCGGUCUCCAGUAUCCUAUGUGGCCUUGCCAGGAGCUGUUCUGAUCCUGCCCAUCCGCUUCCUGUGGGCCACUCGACCCAGCUGGGAUUUUACAUUUAGGGAUUGUCCUGGUUGCUGCCCUUUGAGGGCUGGAGAACUUUGGCUUGAAGUAGGCGCUGAGCAAAUGUUUGUAAGCGAAUGCUGGGUCAGACCCUCUGCCCAAGGCACAUCCCUAGGCGGGAGGUGGUAGGAGGGACUGAGCAGUGGCUGAGCAUGGGAGAUGGCCUCUGCCCAUCCUCAGGCAGACCCUGUCUUCCCAGAGGAAGAAACUUUCUCCCCCCAUCCCUUGGAAACAAGGUGGGGGGUUCCUGGGAAGCCUGGCCUUGCCACAGUCCUGGGCUUCUCGCCGGGUUCACGACUCUCCCUGCCGGCCCCCUCCUCCUACCCCCUCAGUGGCAAACAGAGGCUGCCUUGUUCCUGCUCCCAUAGAGCUGCCCUGUUCUCUGCACACUAAAAAUGGAAACCCCCAAGCUAUUUUGGGAGCACUGCCCAGCCAGGCCGUGGCCACAGUACUCUGCUUCCACCGGGCUGCUGGACCCUCCUCCAAGCCUUACGCCCAGCCCUGCUCACUCUGGGCCAGCCUCAGGAGCACCCUGCCGGGAGCCUUGGCUGGAAGGAGCCAACCUGGACCCUGGGAAGCUCUGGGAACAGAGUGAACAGGCAGACUGGCAGCUGGAUGGUGGGAGGGGCUGGGCCAUGCCGCCUGGGCACAGGCAAGUAGGGGAAGUGUCUCAGCUUGGGAUGCAUGCCCUGUCCUCUGUGCUUUACCAAUCUUGGUGCUCCUGGCUGGAGACCAUCCAGGUCUGGGAAAGGUGGCUGGUCUCACCUGGCUUCAGGUGGAGCCUGCAAGGAUGGGUCUGUGAGGAGAGCAGGCACUCAAGGUCUGCGAAGGUCCUGGGGAUGUGGGGCACAUCUAGUAUGGUGACUUCCUUUAGGACAAUCCCCCCUGCCCCCCACCCUCCAGCCCUGCUCUGCUCUGCCCUGCAGGAGAGGAGAUAGCAAGAGAUGGCCUGGCUUCUGCAGCCCUCUAGGACUUAGGGCUCAAACCAGGGAAGUGUGCGUGAGUCUGUGUGUGUGGGGUCUGAAAGUGGGUGGUGGUGUGUAUGUCUUGGGUGGGUGGGUGCAUGUGAUGUGCCUGUGUGGAGUGCAUGUUUCUUUGUGUAAAAAGUUUGUCUCUGUGGACGUGUCUUUGUGCAGGUGUCUAAGUGCAGGUGGGUAGCGUGUCUGUGUGGGACGUUUGCCUGUAUUUCUGGGUAUGUGUCUCCGUGCGCUAUGCACAGGCAGUAUGUGCAUGCAUCUGUGUGUGUGCUCGUGCUCAUGUGUUUGUGUGUGGGUGUGUGCAUCCAGGGUGGGUGGUAUGUAUGCUUCUUGGUGUGUGCGAGCAUGUGUCUGCUUAUGUGCUGGUGGUGGUUUGGGCCUAGGCUAGCCCCGGGCCUGUGUGGAGGGUAUGUACCAGGGUACCCUGAUAGGGGAGAGUUUGGGCAGAGGAUGAGGAUGGGAGAGUGCCGAGAACGGGCUGCAGGGGGCACAGGACUAAAGUGGGGGCCUGACUGGGCCCUGCCAGCCGCGCAGCUCCUUCCUAGCUGCCCUUUCCCAGGCCCUGAGGGUGCUUGGUUCUGCUGCCCUCCCCCUCUCUGUGGGCUCUGAGGAGGCGUCCCUGUGGAAUGUGUUUGGUGGCCGAGGGCCAGGCUGGGCCCAGCUCCACCAGCAGACUGGGCAGCCGGGAGAGGUACCUUUGUGCUGCCUCCAUGGUGGGGAGCCCAAAUGCCUGCAGCCCAACCCCCAGCUUCAUGCUCUGCUUUCUCCCUGGCUAGGUGACUCUCACACGGGGCAUGCUGUUGUCUCCUGAUCCAGCUGGCCUUGCCAGGUGACCAUGCCUGCCCUCGGCCCAGCUCUUCUCCAGGCACUCUGGGCCGGGUGGGUCCUCACCCUCCAGCCCCCUCCACCGACUGCUUUCACUCCCAAUGGUACGCAUCUGCAGCACCUGGCGCGGGAUCCCACCUCAGGCACCCUCUACCUAGGAGCCACCAACUUCCUGUUCCAGCUGAGCCCUGAACUGCAGCUGGAGGCCACUGUGUCCACUGGCCCUGUGCUAGACAGCAGGGACUGUCUGCCACCUGUGACACCUGAUGAGUGCCCUCAGGCCCAGCCCACCAACAACCCAAACCAGCUGCUCCUGGUGAGCCCUGGGGCCCUGGUGGUGUGUGGCAGUGUGCACCAGGGGGUCUGUGAACAGCGGCGCCUGGGGCAGCUCGGGCAGCUGUUGCUGCGGCCAGAGCGACCUGGGGACACCCAGUAUGUGGCUGCCAAUGACCCUGCCGUCACCACGGUGGGACUGGUGGCCCAGGGCUUGGCUGGGGAGCCCCUCCUCUUUGUGGGGCGGGGCUACACCAGCAGGGGUGUGGGGGGAGGCAUCCCUCCCAUCACUACCCGCGCCUUAAGGCCGCUGGACCCCCAGGCUGCCUUCUCUUACGAGGAGACGGCCAAGCUAGCUGUGGGCCGCCUCUCCGAGUACAGCCACCACUUUGUGAGCGCCUUUGCACGCGGGGCCAGUGCCUACUUCCUGUUUCUCCGGCGGGACCUGCAGGCUCAGUCUCGAGCUUUCCGUGCCUAUGUGUCCCGUGUGUGCCUCCGGGACCAGCACUACUACUCCUACGUGGAGUUGCCUCUGGCCUGUCAGGGGAGCCGCUACGGGCUGAUCCAGGCUGCGGCUGUCGCCAUGUCCGCGGAGGUGGCCCAGGGGGAGGUGCUCUUUGCAGCCUUCUCCUCGGCCGCUCCCCCCACUGUGGGCCGGCCCCCGUUGGCAGCUGCCGGGGCAUCUGGAGCCUCUGCCCUCUGUGCCUUCCCUCUGGAUGAGGUGGAUCGCCUUGCUAAUCGCACACGUGAUGCCUGCUACACUCGGGAGGGCCGCGCUGAGGAUGGGGCCGAGGUGGCCUACAUUGAGUAUGAUGUCAAUUCCGACUGUGCUCAGCUGCCCGUGGACACCCUGGAUGCUUACCCUUGUGGCUCAGACCACACGCCCAGCCCCAUGGCCAGCCGUGUCCCCCUGGAAGCCACGCCAGUUCUGGAGUGGCCAGGGGUUCAGCUAACAGCCGUGGCGAUCACUGUGGAAGAUGGACACACCAUUGCUUUCCUGGGUGACAGUCAAGGGCAGCUGCAUAAGGUCUACUUGGGCCCAGGGAGUGAUGGCCACCCGUACUCCACACGGAUCAUCCAGCAGGGGUCUGCGGUGAGCAGAGACCUCAUCUUUGAUGGGGCCUUCGAGCACCUGUACGUCAUGACCCAGAGCACGCUUCUCAAGGUUCCUGUGGCCUCCUGUGCUCAGCACCUGGACUGUGCAUCUUGCCUGGCUCACAGGGACCCGUACUGUGGGUGGUGUGUGCUCCUCGGCAGGUGCAGUCGCCAUUCUGAGUGCUCUCGGGGCCAGGGCUUAGAGCGGUGGCUGUGGAGCUUCCAGCCUGAGGUGGGCUGUCUGCAAGUGGCAACCUUGAGUCCUGCUAACAUCAGCCGUGAGGAGAGGAGGGAGGUUUUCUUGUCGGUACCCGAUCUGCCACCCCUGUGGCCAGGGGAGUCUUAUUCCUGCCACUUUGGGGAAUACCAGAGUCCUGCCCUGCUGACCAGUUCUGGUGUGAUGUGCCCCUCCCCAGACCCUAGUGAGGCUCCAGAGCUGCCGAGAGAAGCUGACCACGUCUCCGUGAGCCUGGAGCUCAGGUUUGGCACCGUCGUGAUUGCCGAGGCUUCCCUCUCCUUCUAUGACUGCAUGGCCGUCACCUUGCUCCGCCCGUCUGCACAGUGCCAGGCCUGCGUGAGAAGCCUCUGGGGGUGUAACUGGUGCGUCUGGCAGCACCUGUGCACGCACAAGGCCUUAUGUGAUGCUGGGCCCAUGGUGGUCAGCCGACAGAGCCCGCCCCUCUCCCCAGCCCCUCCUGCAAGAGACGCACCCACCUCCUUCCCACCCACAGCCCCCAGGGCCACGGUCGCCCUGACUCCUGACGCCCUUCCUGUGGACACUCCUUCCACAGCCACAGCCUUGGAUGUCCCCCCCGGGGCCAGGCCUUCCCUGCUCAGCCCCCGGGGGCCGUGGGCAGGUCCCGGCCCCACACCUGCCUCGGCUUCCACGGGCUCACCUCUCCACGAGGCCCCUCCUCCUCCCAGCCCCCGCCAGAGGCCUGGAACCGCUGUCCCUGCCCCUACAGCCUUCGGACCCAUGGCCACCGCCGAGGACCUCUUGGCCUCCCACCCAUCGCCCUCAGAUGCAGCAGCACUGCCCCCCGCCCUUGCAGAGCCUGGCCCCGAGGCUCUCCCUUCUGCGGUACCCCUGGACCAGCCCCCCAGCACGGCUCCCGCCACCACUUUCCCAGGGGCCGCUGGCUCCACGAAGCCUGCUCUGGACUGGCUCAUGAGAGAAGGCGGCGAGCUGCCCGAGGCGGAUGAGUGGACAGGGGGUGACACGCCCGCCUUCUCCACUUCCACCCUCCUCUCAGGUGAUGGAGACUCUGCUGAGCACGAGGGCCCUCCCGCCCCCCUCAUCCUCCUGUCCAGCCUUGACUACCAGUACGACACCCCUGGGCUCUGGGAGCUGGAGGAGAUGACCUUGGGGGCAGGCUCCUGCCCUUGUGUGGAGAGUGUGCAGGGCUCCAGCCUGAUGCCGGUCCACGUGCAGCGAGAAGUGCGACUGCUGGGCAGGAACCUGCGCCUCUUCCAGGACAGCCCAGGCGACCAUGAGUGUGUGAUGGAGCUGGAGGGCCACGAGGUGGUGGUUGAGGCCCGGGUCGAAUGCGAGCUGCCUCCAGAUACCCGGUGCCAUGUCACCUGCCAGCAGCACCAGCUCAGCUAUGAGGCUCUACAGCCAGAGCUCCGCGUGGGGCUGUUUCUGCGUCGGGCUGGCCAUCUGCGUGUGGACAGUGUGGAUGGGCUGCACGUGGUGCUGUAUGAUUGUUCCGUGGGACACGAGGACUGCAGCCGCUGCCAAACUGCCAUGCCCCAGUACGGCUGUGUGUGGUGCAAGGGGAAGCAUCCACGCUGCGUGGCCCAGGAGGCCUGUGGCGAGGCUGAGGCUGUGGUCACCCAGUGCCCAGCACCCCUCAUCCACUCGGUGGAGCCACUGACUGGGCCUGUAGACGGAGGCACCCGUGUCACCAUCAGGGGCUCCAACCUGGGCCAACACGUGCAGGACGUGCAGGACACGGUCAGGGUGGCUGGAGUGCCCUGUGCUGUGGACGCUCAGGAGUACGAGGUGUCCAGCAGCCUUGUGUGUAUCACUGGGGCCAGCGGGGAGGAGGUGGCAGGCGCUGUGACGGUGGAGGUGCCAGGAAGAGGACGCGGCGUCUCAGAGCAUGACUUUGCCUACCAGGACCCAAAGGUGCAUUCCAUCUUCCCGGCCCGAGGCCCCAGAGCCGGGGGCACCAACCUCACCCUGCAUGGCUCCAAGCUUCUGACCGGGCGGCUGGAGGACAUCCGAGUGGUAGUUGGAGACCAGCCUUGUCACCUGCUGCUGGAGCAGCAGGCGGAGCAACUGCGGUGUGAGACCAGCCCACACCCCACGCCUGCCACACUCCCCGUGGCUGUGUGGUUUGGGGCUGCUGAGCGGAGGCUUCAUCACAGCCAGUUCGAGUACACAUCAGAUCCCAAUGUCACCUCUGCUGGCCCCGCCAAGAGCUUCCUCAGUGGAGGACGUGAGAUAUGGGUCCGUGGCCAGAAUUUGGACGUGGUGCAGACACCAAGAAUCCGAGUGACUGUGGCCACGAGAGCGCCAGGACCAGGCCAGGGGCUUGGGUGGAGGCACCGCGUGAUCCCAGAGACGGCGUGCUCCCCCGGAGCCUCCUGUGGCGGCCUGCACUUUGAGGAGCCUUGCCACGUGAACUCCUCCCAGCUCAUCACGUGCCGCACGCCGGCCCUCCCAGGCCUGCCUGAGGACCCCUGGGUCCGUGUGGAAUUCAUCCUUGAAAACCUGGUCUUUGACUUUGCAACACUGAACCCCACACCCUUCUCCUAUGAGGCCGACCCCACUCUGCAGCCGCUCAACCCCGAGGACCCCACCACACCAUUCCGGCACAAGCCUGGGAGUGUGCUCUCUGUGGAGGGGGAGAAUCUGGACCUUGCAAUGUCCAAGGAGGAGGUGGUGGCCAUGAUAGGGGACGGCCCCUGCAUGGUGAAGACGCUGACCCGGCACCACCUGUACUGCGAGCCCCCCGUGGAGCAGCCCCUACCCCGGCACCAUACCCUCCGGGAGGUGCCUGAUGCUUUGCCUGAGUUCACGGUGCAGAUGGGGAACCUACGCUUCUCCUUGGGCCACGUGCAGUACGAUGGCGAGAGCCCUGUGGCUUUCCCCAUGGCAGCCCAGGUGGGCUUGGGAGUGGGCACCUCUCUUCUGGCUCUGGGUGUCAUCAUCAUUGUCCUCAUGUACAGGAGGAAGAGCAAGCAGGCUCUGAGGGACUAUAAGAAAGUGCAGAUCCAGCUGGAGAAUCUGGAGAGCAGCGUGCGGGACCGCUGCAAGAAGGAGUUCACAGACCUUAUGACCGAGAUGACUGAUCUUACCAGUGACCUUCUGGGCAGCGGCAUCCCCUUCCUCGACUACAAGGUGUAUGCCGAGAGGGUCUUCUUCCCUGGGCACCAGGAGUCACCCUUGCACCGGGACUUGGGCGUGCCUGAGAGCAGGCGACCCACUGUGGAACAAGGGCUGGGGCAGCUCUCCAACCUGCUUAACAGCAAGCUCUUCCUCAUCAAGUUCAUCCACACCCUGGAGAGCCAGCGCACCUUCUCAGCUCGGGACCGCGCCUACGUGGCAUCUCUGCUCACCGUGGCACUGCACGGGAAGCUUGAGUACUUCACUGACAUCCUGCGCACCCUGCUCAGUGACCUGGUGGCCCAGUACGUGGCCAAGAACCCCAAGCUGAUGCUGCGCAGGACAGAGACCGUGGUGGAGAAGCUGCUCACCAACUGGAUGUCUAUCUGCCUCUACACUUUCGUGAGGGACUCGGUAGGGGAGCCUCUGUACAUGCUUUUCCGUGGAAUUAAGCAUCAAGUGGACAAGGGGCCGGUAGACAGCGUGACUGGCAAAGCCAAAUACACCCUGAAUGACAACCGCCUGCUCCGAGAGGACGUGGAGUACCGUCCCCUGACCUUGAAUGCACUACUGGCUGUGGGGCCUGGAGCGGGAGAAGCCCAGGGCGUGCCUGUGAAGGUCCUGGACUGUGACACCAUCUCCCAGGCCAAGGAAAAGAUGUUGGACCAGCUUUAUAAAGGAGUGCCUCUUGCCCAGCGGCCAGACCCCCGCACCUUGGACGUCGAAUGGCGGUCUGGGGUGGCCGGGCAUCUCAUUCUUUCUGAUGAGGACGUGACUUCUGAGGUCCAGGGUCUGUGGAGGCGCCUGAACACCCUGCAGCAUUAUAAGGUCCCAGACGGAGCAACUGUGGCCCUCGUCCCCUGCCUCACCAAGCAUGUCCUCCGGGAAAGCCAGGAUUACGUCCCUGGAGAGAGUCUUGGUACAGGGACCCCAAUGCUGGAGGAUGUGGACGAGGGGGGCAUCCGGCCCUGGCACCUGGUGAAGCCAAGCGAGGAGCCGGAGCCGCCCAGGCCUCGGAGGGGCAGCCUCCGGGGCGGGGAGCGGGAGCGAGCCAAGGCCAUCCCUGAGAUCUACCUGACCCGCCUGCUGUCCAUGAAGGGCACCCUGCAGAAGUUUGUGGAUGACCUGUUCCAGGUGAUUCUCAGCACCAGCCGUCCCGUGCCGCUCGCUGUGAAGUACUUCUUUGACCUGCUGGAUGAGCAGGCCCAGCAGCAUGGCAUCUCGGACCAGGACACCGUCCAUAUAUGGAAGACCAACAGCUUGCCGCUGAGGUUCUGGAUCAAUAUCAUAAAAAACCCGCAGUUUGUGUUCGACGUGCAGACAUCUGAUAACAUGGAUGCAGUGUUCCUGGUCAUUGCACAGACCUUCAUGGAUGCCUGCACCCUGGCUGACCACAAGCUGGGCCGGGACUCUCCCAUCAACAAACUUCUGUAUGCUCGGGAUAUUCCCCGGUACAAACGGAUGGUGGAAAGCGGCUGCCGGACCCAUGAUCUCUGGCAGGUACUAUGCAGACAUCAGACAGACCAUCCCCGCCAGUGAUCAAGAGAUGAACUCCAUCCUGGCCGAGCUGUCCCGGGUAUGGCCCUCCUUCUGCUUCUUGGGUUGGGCAUAGGCCUUCUGCUGCAAGGGUCCUGCCCCCUUCACACUGCUCCUUUGCAGGGAAGCCCUGGGGGCCUCAGCACAGUGUUCCCGCUGCCUCUGUAAAAGACCAGGGCUCCCAGUGUCUCAUCAGAGAGCAGCAGGGGCCUUGUCCUGGCAGCUGCCACCGAGCCUGACUCAGCCAGGUGUUUAGAUGUCUGCAGCCCCUCUGCAGCCCCUCGGGGUCUGUGGACCAUAGUUUCAAGGCAGCGAGGUGGCAGGGAUUCAGCCCCAGGACUGCCUGGGUCAGCCUGUCCACGUCUUCCUACUGCUCUGCUUUCCUUGGCACUAUGGACAUGCCCCCACCUACUCCUAAAACAGCCUCCAAACAGUCCAGUCCGGGGAAUUUAUAAACAAUGUAAAUCUGAAACCACGAUGAUGAUGACCACAACCACAAUAACAAUAGCAGCUACAGUUUUGGGGUGUUGCUGUGUGUGGGGGCUUUGAUUACUUCUCAUUUGAUUCCCAUUAAAGCUCUACAAGUUAGGUGAUAUCAACUCCAUUGUCCUGAAGAGGAGGUUGAGGUUCAGAGAUGUCCCCAUGGAGGGACCUGGGUGUGACCUCAGGAAAGACUUGAAUGAGAUCACAGCAGAACUAUGCUGGGUCACAGCCUGUGAGCAGCACCUAUUCUGCCUGGCUCUGCAAUUGCCUGGGAUGCCAGAGGGUCCCAGCUGGAGCCUGGAGGGGGAGAGAGGCCGAGCCCCAGUGGAGACCCCAGGCCAUGGUGAAACUACAGAUCCAGGCUCUCUCCACCAAGGAGGCCCUUUGGUCCUAUCCUGUCCCCAGCUUAGCACGUCUAGCCUGGCAUCCCCUGUCUGUGGAGGGGCUCUGCUUCCCAAUGCAGGGCCCUGUUCCUUCCUCUACCUCCCAGCCCCCUCUUCCUCACUCCCCUUGCCUGGGGUCCUGGGCCUCCUCUGGUGGCUGGCAGCACCCCCUAUCUCUGUAACCUCUUGUCUCUCCUCCCUAGAACUACUCUGGAGACCUGGGGGUGCGAGUGGCCCUGCACGAACUCUACAAGUAUAUCAACAAAUACUAUGACCAGGUGGGCAGAACCUGGGCAUGGUCAGGAUGAUGCGAGAGGGUGACUGGCUCUGUGACGCAAGUGUGGGGCCUUCGGGUCUCCCCCAGGCACAGAGUGGUGGAGGGGGGCUGAGCCCUGUGCUCGGGAAGUGUUCUUCAGGUGUGCUUCCUGGUAGUGGCCCGGCUCUUACCUGCUGCCGCCCUUCCCAUCCGGGCUCCUCAGCCGGGCUCCUGGGCAUGGUGGUGGUGAUGGAUGGCUGGGGAUCUACCAGGGCCUGGAGAUGGUGUGCAGGAUGUGCUGGGAGGAACACACAGCGGCCACCUGUGCCCCGACCUUGUGCUCCCUCAGAGCCCUACCUGAGACCACAUGUGGCAGUGUGCUGUGCAGGCCAUCUCUGGGGGGUGGGCCUGGCUGGGCUGCAUGCGCUGCCAGAGAGGAGGGUCUGGGCACAGGGUCUGGGGCAGAUGAGGGCACAACAGAGCCGGUAAGGGGGCUUUCUGGGGGAUUCCUGGGCUGGGCCUCAGGAUCAGAGCGCCCACCGGUCAACCCACUGAGUGCCUGCUGGAAUCAUCUACCCAGAUGUUUGCGUGGCCCCAGGGAUGUGGCCGUUGCUGUUGAGCGAUGAGGGCCCUGCCUCAUGGCUCAGGCCUGGAGUGGGGACAGGCAUUUGACACAGGAGUGAUGCGCAAGCGUGAAGUCCAGGUGCCUUGCUCCAAACAGUGUGGGUGCCGGUGUGGGGGAGGCGGGGCCGUGUGACACAGCUGUCCCCUUGUGGAGGCGUGACCGGCAAGCCCCUCCUGUUCCCACCCUUCCCUCUUUGGCAGCCCCCCUUGUGGUUAUGUAGUUGUCCGUGUUUGGUCAAUACCUGUCUCCCAUCCAGUGAGCCCCACGAGGGCAGGGAUCGUACCUGUCAUCACUGCUGGGUCCCUGCUCCUUGUCCAGCACCGGGCAUGUAGGAAUUUAGGAACUGCUUGUUGCCUGGUGGGCGGGGGAGCCAGGAUGGGUGGAGCAGGGCUUCCAGGGGGUUUGUGGCGGAGAAGACCAGCAUGGUGGGUGAAGUUGGCCUCAAACGAUUUUACUGGGUAGGUGAUAUGCAUUACCGUGAGUGCUAGGUACUGAGUAAAGUACUUCAUUCCCUACCUCACUAAUCCUUAAAACCCCACAGUGACUCUGCUGUCAUCAUCCCCUCCCCGAGGGGGCCCUGAGGAAGUGAGGGCGGCAGCUCACAGGGUUUCUCGGGCCCCUACCUACACCUGCUGCAGUAGCUGUGGAGGCCUAUUGAAGCCUGUGGCAAAGGCAGACGGCAGGCUGACGGUCUCCCCCUGCUGAGUUGGUCUCUGUGUUUCAGAUCAUCACUGCCCUGGAGGAAGAUGGCACGGCCCAGAAGAUGCAGCUGGGCUAUCGGCUCCAGCAGAUCGCAGCGGCUGUAGAAAACAAGGUCACAGAUCUGUAGGGACUUGGAGAACCCCUGGCCUGCUGUGCCUCAGCCCCGCCUGGGCAGCCCCGGAACCACGAGGGAGAGAAACCACCUUCUUAGAUGCCUGUAGUGCCUGCCCAGCGGAGUUAGUGGAAGGUGGCUCCAAGUCUCCUGGUGGCUCUGGCCUGGGCCCUGCUGGACAUCUCGCAGGCGUGGGGCCUUGAGGCUGAUGGAGUGGUGACCCUGAGGCCAGUGACCCUGCGGGCUACUUUCUGUGUGAUGUUAGUCUGAGGGAAACUGGGGACUAAGGGCUUCCAGAGAGUGGCUGGAAGGGCCUCCAGCCCCUCGGGAGACUGUACUGCUCCUGAACACUGGCCUUUAUCCCAGGGAAUUCAGAGAGGAAGGAGGAGAGCCCCCACUUCCUGUCCCGCCCUCCUCCUCCACCAUCCCUGACCUCAUUAGCCGCCACUGGCCAUGUUGCUGCUGCCAUUUUCCUAGGUCCGAGAGAUGAAUGCCUUUCCUAGGCUGCUGCAAACUGACCUCUCAGCAGGGCUGGCUGCUUCAGGGCCACCCUGCCACCGAGGCAGCCAGGAGUGAGGGGUGUCUGCUGCAGGGGGGCCUCGGGGAGAAUGGUGGCCCUACUGACCUGGCUCUUCAUUAAAGGAUAACACACUG